GUCGGUCUGCAUGAUGGCUGGGACGCCUCCUGAUAACUUUAUACUCCCUAUUACCAAAUACUCUGGGGCAGCAACAGACGACGAAUUUUCUAGAUUACACGUUCUAAAAUCCAACAAUCAGAUAUCCUGGCUAAGGACUAUCUUGAGGAACGCUACGACUUGUCACGGAGACUUUGUCUUUAACGCGGACAGACUGAUAAGACUUGUGAUUGAAGAAGCCCUCAAUUUCUUACCUACCCACGACAAGACAGUGAUAACUCCUAAAGGUGUGCCGUAUGAAGGAAAGGCAUUUAAUAAAGGAAACUGUGGAGUUAGUCUAGUUAGAAGUGGAGAAGCAAUGGAGAAAUCGUUAAGGGAAUGCUGUCGCUCAAUAAGAAUAGGGAAGAUGUUGAUAAGACAUGAUGACGAUGAUUCCUGUAGACCUCCUAAGGUGAUAUACGUAAGACUGCCGCCUGACAUCGCAGAAAGAAACGUUCUACUGAUGUACCCUCUUAUGAAUACGGGCGGAACCAUUCACCAGAGCAUCAAGGAAUUGAAGAAGAAUAAUGUAAAAGAAGACCGGAUAAUUAUAUGCACUCUUUUCGUUACUCCAGAUUCCUUAAGACAUGUCUUCGCCGAAUUCCCCACGGUGAGAAUUCUGACGACGGAGGUUAACGAGGAUUGCGCGUUACAUUUUGGGGAACGUUACUUUGGCACUGAUAACUAAUAAAUCAGCUUACAAACUAAUGACUCCGGACUAUUUGAUAUUGAUAAAUGAGCUUACAAACCAAUGACUCAUAUCAGGACUAUUUUGUUAUAUAAUUUUUUAUUAGAAGAACUGUACAAAAACUUUAUAACUUGAGCGAAGUUUUUCUAUUUUUACUUUUUAAUCGGUUUUUAUAAACCACAGCUUUAUACAUUCCCCGGCGAUAUCACAAACUUAGAAUAUCAAGUCAAAAGCUGUUUAACAUUACUCAAAUUAUCUUUUAAGGUGAAAUUUGUUCGCACACAAUUUAAUUAGAUUUCUAAGAUCACUAGUUACAAGGUGUUACUGAAGAAUUAUUUUGAGUGAUUUUUUAACCAUUAAAUGAAAUUAGUUUCGAAUAUGAUGAUUGCAUUAAUAGCUCAAAUUUAGUCGUCUAAAAUUACUGCUGGCUGGCAACGUUUUUUCUAAAAAAACGUUCCAAAGAUUGCCAAAAUAAAUGGGUUUUACUUUUAUUACGAAACACCAGACCAUGUUUAUUUAUAAGACGAUGAUUGUUUAAUUAU